AAAAGUUUUCACCCCAUGCACACAUACAUACACGCAUUCACAUUCGGCCAGGGAAUAAAACGGUCGUUUAUCUUGCGCGCAUUAAUUUUUUUCUCUUUGUUUUUGGUUUUUCAGGAAGUGCAGAUCCUGAAGGCGCUGAUACUCGGUGAAGAAGAACGGGGACAGAGCCAAUACCAAGUGAUGUGUUUCGUGUUUCACUUCUCCAAGGACGCGUUCAUAUCGUCGGAUGCGAUGUCGAAAUUACGGCAGAAGAAUCCUGGGACGGUGAGGACGCCGGAAGAGGAUCGAGGUCGCGAGAAUUACACGAUGAACUACAGCGUGGAUGUUACGAGGGCCGGGAUCAUUUCACCUCACAUUCCUGAAGUUUGCUCCGAAGCAAUCGGAAACACUUACACCCGGCAAGAGGACGUGCAAAUGUGGUCUGCAACGCAAG